AUGUCCCCACUGACGCGUUAUGUGGCUAUUGCUCCAGCGCCCCCCCGCAGGCCAGACAUAGUGUCUGCACCCCACCACUCCUCUGAGCAACACUCCCAGGCCGCCAUUUCACAUUUCCGGAACAACACUACAUCUGAGACACGCCACCAUGUCGACCCAGAUCUAAGUGUCCUGUACGCCCAGCCCAGCACUGACUACCCGGUGCCCCUCUUCGACCAACAUGUCUACCCAGCACAGCCACAGCGCUCUCCCUCUACCCCUCACCACCAUGCGAUAGCCGCACACUCGUCUCGUCUUCGGACAUCUACUCAAUAUGGUAUAAAUAUCCCCACACAACUGCCUCCCGCUCCCCGCACUACCUCCCGCCACACUCCCCGCUCUCCCGACAAGCACACUUUUGCCGUUCCCCGUGUGCCUCUCGCCAAGACAUCGCCACCGACUGAUAGCUCGAGUGCAAAUCCAACCGAUCUCUUGGACAAUUAUAUUAAAAUGCUCAGCCACACCCCGAAUAACGCCGACGCCGUUGCGCCGGUGUCCCCAGCCAUGACACAAGACCUAACCAACCUCUUUGAGAUACUGCAGGGUGGUACGUCUCUCAUCUCCAUCUUGUCUCAGAUAGACUGUAACACAGCCACCGCAGCAUCUGUUACUGCCUCGCACCCGGGCAACCCCACGCCCCACUCGACUCCGUUUGAUACCGACUAUCGAACGCUCGAGGAGCUCAUCACCUCGCCUGAAUUCACUUCCCCCUUGUUUGAGGAUACCCCCAACCUCUCCGAUGCCUCGCCUUUCACUCCCUCGAGCUCGUCGACCCGCCACCAGACCUCGCCGGCUCUCUUUGAUUACGCCGACUCUUCUUCGGGGUCCAUCCCUCUCUUUGGCCCGAGCCCCAUCGUCAUCAACUCGAACCAGGGGUUGAGCACUCCCAAUCUCGACUCUCUCAAUCUGCACUCGGCCCAUCUCGGGUUCGAGAGUCUCAACGACCUCCUUCCGAUCAACAAUGAGUCUCCCAUCAGUCCUUCGGUUGACACAAGCGACUUGUUCUCUCCGAACACUUCGCCUCUGUUCUCAGACUCUUCGUCUGUACGUCCCGAGGGCGUUCGCUCCGUCUCGGAUCCGGUCAAAAAGUCCCAGCCAACCGGGCACAGGAAGAAUCUGACCCCGGAGCAGCUCCUUAGCGUCGAAGCCCCUACUCAGCAGCGCAACUACUAUGGCCCCUCGGCGACCUCGCGCAAACCGGUCCCUGCUGGCUUUGAAGAGCGCCGUGCCAAGAUUGUCGCCAAGCGCCGACGUGGACUGGGUACCGAGGGCGAGGAGUUGUCCGAAGAUGCCAUUCUAAACGCUGCGGUCGAGGAUAAGCGACGGGCAAACACAGUCGCUGCUCGACGAAGCCGUCAGCGCAAAUUGGAGUACGUCAAGACCCUCGAGAUCCAGUUGGCCGAAAAGGAUCACGAGAUUGCAUUGUGGAAGGAGCGGGCGAUUGCGGCAGAGGGCAUGGUCCGAAGACUCGAGGGGAAAGAGUGA